GAGUGCUACAAGAGGAGAGGGAACAGCGUAGAAACGCGUGCCACCGCCGCCGAGGAGGGAUGGCAGCCCACCGGCCCGUCUUCCUGGGCAUUUGGGGGGUGUUUGUUCUCGCGCUUAUCCAAGAGUCGAAGCCCGUCGUGUGGGAGGAGUGGUGGACGUACGACGGUAUCUCGGGGCCGGCGUUUUGGGGCCUGAUAAACCCCGAGUGGUCGCUGUGCAAUAAGGGCCGCCGGCAGUCCCCGGUGAACCUCGAGCCCCAACGAUUGCUCUUCGACCCGAACCUGCAGACCCUCCACGUGGACAAGCACAAGAUCGGCGGUGUCCUGACCAACACGGGCCACAGCGUCGUCUUCACGGUGGACAACGACACCAGACAGCCGGUCAACAUAUCCGGCGGGCCGCUCAGCUAUCGUUACCAGUUCCACGAGAUACACCUGCACUACGGGCUGGACGACAAGCACGGCAGCGAGCACACCGUCGACGGCUACAGCUUUCCCGCCGAGAUCCAGAUAUUCGGCUUCAACUCGCACCUAUACAACAACUUUUCGGACGCCCUUCACCGUGCCCAGGGUAUCGUUGCCGUCUCCCUCCUGCUGCAGGUGGGCGAUUUAUCGAAUCCCGAGUUGAGAGUGUUUACCGAGCACCUGGACAAAAUAACAUAUGGAGGUCAAUCGAUGCCGAUCAAGCGUUUCGGUGUUAAGGAGCUCCUGCCGGAAACGACGCACUACAUGACCUACGACGGCUCGACGACGAUGCCGGCCUGUCACGAAACCACCACGUGGAUCAUCUUCAACAAGCCAAUCUACAUAACGAAGCAGCAGCUCAAGGGACUCAGGGAGCUCAAACAGGGCGACAAGCGGCACCCCAAGGCGCCGCUGGGAAAUAACUUCCGUUUGCCCCAGCCGCUGCACCAUCGCCCGGUCAGGACGAACAUUGACUUCAGCACCGACGCAAACAAGGGCCCGAAAAACUGUCCGACGAUGAACCGCGACAUCUACUACAAAGCCAAUAGCUGGAAGUAAGGGAGUCAUCAUCACGGAGAAGACAGAGUGAAAGACAGGAGGGAACCUCGAGGAUGCUUCGACUCGCCGAUGCGUUUACCCUCCACUUGCGCACUACACAACAAUACACAUGCAUAUUUGUAAACCAUACCUGUAA